AAAUACUUAAUUUGUUCAUUAUCAUUUGUUGCCUGUCAGUAAAUAGUGAAAAAGUUACAACUAUAUAAGCUUACACAAUUUUCAUCAAUACUUUUGUCACAGAUGAACAUUCACUAGAUACUCUAGAUUACUCUAUGCUAGAUAGGAAAGAAUGUCUGAACAAGUGAAAUACGACAAAACUUGGAUUAUCAAUUGUUUUUCAAACAACAAACACACUACCUCCACACCAAUGAGAGUAGGUUUUCUUAACCACUCACUGAACAUCUUUGCAGACAAAGUAAAUGAAUUCAUAUACCUCACGCCUGAAACAUACGUCAUGCACUCGACACUUCAUUUAGGAAUUUUAUCAUUUGAUUCAUGUCAUCACGGUAAAUGGGUUCUGAGCUUUAGCAAUGAACCAUCAGGAAUGGAUUGUAUCGAAACAUUGAGGAAAAAUGAUAUCAAAGUGACGGACAUCCAGAAAUUAAUAUCAGAAAGAGCACACUUUGAAGAUGCUAUAAUCAAAACUGUUACUGAUGUAGGUUUCCCACAUUUUGUAGCUGAAGUGGAAAAUGCCAUAAAAACAAAAAUGUUUGAUCAUUAAAAUUAAUUUUAAUCAAAAAUAAGAGUAAUAAUUAUAAUUAUAAUAUUAAAAUUAAUAUU